AUGACAGAUAUACCAUCAGAUGCGAGCUCCGCAGGCUCCGCUUCUCACAAACAGCCACCCAGAGUCACUAUUAGUGCCACCGGAGUGCCUCGCAGAGAUCAUCAUAAUGGCCCUGCGUUUACGGAGAAGCGACAAUCUCGAGUGGAUGAGGACGAUGAAGAGGAGGACCUGGAUGCUCUCAUCGAGGAGCUCGAGUCUCUGGACCCAGACGACGCUCUCGAGGCCGAAAUCGAGACAAUCGGAGCAGCUCGCCCUGUUCCGGAGGAAAUGCUCCAGACGGAUCCGCGCGUUGGACUAAUCGAGCCAGAGGUGGUGGCCAGACGCAAAAAGUACGGCCUCAACCAGAUGAAGGAAGAGAAGGAAAGCCUCUGGCUAAAGUUCCUUGGCUAUUUUGUCGGUCCUAUACAGUUUGUCAUGGAGGCUGCUGCUAUCCUUGCUGCUGGCCUGCAGGACUGGGUCGAUUUCGGAGUCAUCUGUGGAAUGCUUCUCCUCAACGCAUCCGUCGGCUUCGUCCAAGAGUUCCAGGCUGGAUCCAUUGUCGAAGAACUCAAAAAGACACUUGCGCUCAAAGCAGUGGUGCUCAGAGAAGGCCGGCUGAUAGAGAUCGAAGCCCCAAUGGUCGUUCCAGGAGAUAUUCUGCAGCUCGAAGAAGGGACUAUUAUUCCUGCCGAUGGCCGCAUUGUCACGGAAGAUGCCUAUCUACAAGUCGAUCAAUCUUCCAUCACUGGAGAAUCCCUUGCAGCUGACAAGGGUAUCGGUGAUACCUGCUACGCCUCCUCUGCCGUGAAACGGGGGACCUGCUUCAUGAUUGUCACGGCCACGGGAGACAACUCCUUUGUCGGCCGAGCAGCCGCCUUGGUGAAUGAAGCGUCUGGUUCCACGGGACAUUUUACCGAAGUCCUCAAUGGCAUUGGUACCGUUUUGCUCGCCCUUGUUAUCUUCACGUUACUUGUCGUCUGGAUUUCGUCUUUCUACCGUUCCAAUGACAUUGUCACCAUCCUCGAAUUUACUUUAUCCAUUACCAUCAUUGGAGUGCCUGUCGGUCUCCCUGCUGUUGUCACAACCACCAUGGCUGUUGGUGCCGCGUACCUUGCUAAGAAGAAGGCCAUUGUACAGAAGUUAUCGGCGAUAGAGUCCCUCGCCGGAGUUCAAAUACUCUGCUCCGACAAAACCGGGACUCUCACCAAGAACAAGCUCUCAUUGCAUGAGCCCUACACCGUGCAAGGGGUGGACCCAGAAGACCUUAUGCUCACUGCGUGCCUGGCCGCCUCGAGGAAGAAGAAGGGAAUGGACGCGAUUGACAAAGCCUUCUUCAAGGCCUUACGAUACUAUCCACGCGCAAAGGGGGCAUUGGGAAAGUAUAAAGUUGUGCAAUUUUCCCCCUUCGACCCCGUCUCGAAAAAAGUCAGCGCUAUUGUUGAAUCACCACAGGGAGAGCGCAUCACCUGCGUCAAGGGUGCGCCGCUUUUUGUGUUACGUACGGUCGAAGAUGACCAUCCUAUCCCCGAGGAAAUCGACAUUGCCUACAAGAACAAGGUGUCGGAGUUUGCAGCUAGAGGUUUCCGCUCUCUUGGGGUUGCUCGAAAGCGAGGCGAGGGCCAGUGGGAGAUCUUGGGAAUUAUGCCAUGUGCCGAUCCGCCACGGUAUGACACAGCCAAAACAAUCAAUGAAGCAAAGAGGCUAGGACUCUCCAUCAAAAUGCUAACAGGUGAUGCCGUUGGCAUUGCUCGCGAGACGUCCAGACAACUCGGCCUCGGCUCCAACGUCUUCAAUGCCGAGCGCCUUGGUCUUGCUGGCGGCGGGACCAUGCCAGGGUCCGAGGUUUAUGACUUUGUCGAAGCCGCUGAUGGGUUUGCCGAAGUCUUCCCUCAGCAUAAAUAUAACGUCGUUGAGAUAUUGCAGCAACGCGGUUAUCUUGUGGCUAUGACGGGCGACGGCGUCAAUGAUGCGCCGUCACUGAAGAAGGCCGACACCGGCAUUGCAGUCGAAGGCGCUUCAGACGCGGCCCGGUCGGCGGCCGACAUCGUUUUCCUGGCUCCAGGUCUUUCUGCCAUCAUCGACGCACUAAAAACAUCUCGACAGAUCUUUCACCGCAUGUAUGCGUAUAUUGUCUAUCGAAUUGCUCUCUCGCUUCACCUGGAAAUUUUCUUCGGCCUCUGGAUUGCUAUCCAGAACGAGUCACUGAACCUCAAGCUCGUCGUUUUCCUGGCAAUCUUUGCUGACAUUGCUACUUUAGCUAUUGCUUACGAUAACGCGCCAUACUCAAAGACUCCCGUCAAGUGGAACUUGCCCAAACUCUGGGGGAUGUCUAUCCUCCUUGGGAUGGUGUUGGCUGCUGGCACGUGGAUCGCUUUGACCACAAUGCUCAUUUGGGGUGAUAAUAGAGGUAUCGUGCAAAACAGUGGCCACAAAGACGCCGUUCUCUUUCUGCAAAUCUCACUUUCCGAGAAUUGGUUGAUCUUCAUCACCAGAGCGAAUGGUCCCUUUUGGUCGAGUUUGCCCUCGUGGCAACUGACAGCAGCUAUUCUUCUUGUCGACAUUCUCGCCACGCUAUUCUGUAUUUUUGGCUGGUUCGUUGAAGGAGAAGGGACCAACAUCGUCGGCGUAGUGCGCAUCUGGUUGUAUUCUUUUGGGGUAUUUUGUGUCAUGGCUGGAUUGUAUUACUUUUUGCAGGAUAGUGUCACGUUUGACGAUAUCGUGCAUGGAAGGCGGUCGCAAACCAAGAAGGUGCUCAAGAAGCGGGACAUGGAAGAUUUUCUGGUGGCUUUGAACCGCGUGUCCACCCAGCACGAGAAGGUCGCUUGA